GGGCAGCAUGCUUCCUGUUAACUCAAAUGACCAACUAACCCCAUUACUGAGAUUAAAUAUUGAAAAUCUCUCGGGCGCGUAACUCGUUGGUCGUUACUUAUGUAUGUUGUUGUGGUUGGUCAUGAAGUUUUCUACCCUCUUCCACACUGUAUGUACUCAUAAGCUAUAUCAAGAGAUAAACAUAACAAUCUUUUAUUUAGUGAACCGCCGUUAUAAAUAUUUUUUGUGCAUUUAGCCUUUAAAGACCAUUUCAACAACAAAUAUUAUUGGUGAAUCGUUCAGGGUUGACAAAUUCACCUUAGGCCCGUUUUUAGGAGUUUUUUCUGUCUCAUGGAGGGAAUCUUAUUGGUACUCUUGAUGGAAUGAAAAGUCAAACACUGAUUGAAGGACUAUUCUGAGAACUUCCGAGUAACCAGUCCUUAAGUCGGUUCUCUACCAAACUUUGUAUUUUAUUCAUGACUGCCCUUUAUUGGAGUAUAUUUUCAAGGUUUCGUGUUAAUUUUAAUCAUUUCAAAUGCUUGACUGCAACACCGUCCAGAUCAGCGAAUACAAAACAAUUAAAACACCCCAAAAGGAAGGGCGAUAAUCUGGAACCUGUUGCUACAUCGGGUGGUAUGUCUGACUAUGCAAAAUCUGCAAACAUCGUAAAGUCAAAGGAUCUGCUUGGUGAUUUUAUUAAAGAAUAUCGUUUUGGUAAUGACGCACCAUCAACAGCAUUUGUUGAUCUUCCUUCACCGGCUAAUGUAAAUAUUUUCACUCAUCAAGAUGUCCUACCUGCUGAUUCUUGUAACUCAUUAAACCCCAUUUUUGAUGCCGUUGAGAAUUUGGAAGCCUCAAUUUUCAGUUGUGGUCUUCCAAACAACCAGUUCGAAGAAUGGUUAAAGUGGACUGUCGAAAAGAAAAUGUGGAGUUUUCCGAUUAAUAAUGAACAAGAUUGGGAUUCCGAGUUAGAUGUACCCUUUUAUGAACAUGUAUUUCUGGAGAAUCAUCUAAACAAGGAACAUCUCAAGUGUAAACCAUUGGCAUCGUUCUUGGAACUUGUCUGCACUGGUCUUUCGAAAAACCCAUAUUUUAGUGUUGACGAUAAAAAGCAACAUCUUGAGUGGUUCACACAGUUCUUUGACGAUAAGAUAACGCGAAUAAACGCUUCCAUAAAAGAAGAACAUAUGGCUAAUUUAGAGGAAAUUUCUAGAGGAACUUCGACAUAAUCUAAUAAUUUUUACUUUUCAAAUAAACCAUUCCCUAGGAAAAUUCUUAGAAUUUUUUAUGUUUUACAAUAAUGAUUUGCUCAUUACUUUAUAAGUACUAUAAACGUCAGUGUACAUAUUCAGACUUUUAAUUGGUAGAAUAUAUGUGUCGUAGUCGUUAUUAAACAUGAAUAUUCCCAGUUUUAUUGUCGAAAUACUAGUUAAGGACUUCUUUCCUAAAGUGACGGUCCAAAAUCAAACUCUCGUUUAGGUGUAUCAAAUGAAGCUAUAUUUAUUCUAAACUAACCUGUUACCAUGACUUUACAUUAAUGUGUCCAUUUCCUACUGGGUAGCUAGUAUAGUAAUAUGUUAUUGAAUAGAACUGAUUAAUUUGUAAUUAAUUGCACUGGCUGAGAAAUCAGUUUUUGAAUUAAAAGAAAAAACGAUCAUCAUACAAAGCUUGGAGAUUUUAGAUGACACACGAAAAUCGGGUGCGAUUUAUUAUUUAUUUGAACACAUAAAUAUUGGUACAUGAGAGCGCCAAAUAUAUAUGCGCCACACAGAACAAUGAGAAUUUGAAGAGAAAGAAAAAAAGAUAAGGAGCGUGAAAAAAGGCACAAUAACGAAGAGGUUGGUGUAAGGUAGUGUAGUAAUAAUCAUAAUAAUAAUGAGGGAACGAAAACGUACAAUCAGAAGAAAUCUUUCAGUUAAGGGAGACAACCAAUUAUUAUGAAGAAAGUAAAAGAAGGUUACAGCAGGAUCGCCACUGGCUUCUAUUCUGAGCCAUAUAUGAUAACGUCUCUAGCCACUGUGUAGCACCAUCUCUCGGACCUCAACCAGGGAGUCGUGAAGGACCGACAGAAGCCAGUCCUUUGCAGCUUUCUUUCGUACCACGACACCAUGUCAUGCACUGACCACCUCUCCGCUUCUUCCAACCAGUCCCAGAGUCGGCAAAUAAUGCACGACGUGGAAUUCUC